AUGGACUCACUCGCAACCAGCAUCGGCGAGCUACUUCUCGACCCGAAGUAUGCGGAUCUCGAGAUCCAAUGUGGAGGCAAGCGGUUCUUGGUACACCGCCCGAUUGUAUGCAAGCGUUCAAGGGUAAUCGAGAGGGAGUGUGAUGGUCUCUUCCAGGUAAGUCUUCGCAUCUGCGCGCAACUUCCCCUGCCUAUCACUCAAUUAUGCGAUGCUGCUGCGUGCGACUCGAGUGUGGCUACUCCGCUACAUUCCAAAAAGCAGAAGUCACUGACCUUGGCUGCUUCACAGGAGUCCUGGACCCGAAUCAUCAAACAUGAUGUCUACGACUUCCGCGCUGUCGACAGGAUGCUCCAGUACAUUUACUCAAGCGACUAUAAGCUCGAGCCGUGCACACCAUGGACAUAUGCUGCAGACGUGAAGACCACGAGCCGGGAAGUCGACACACGCGACGAGGAUGAAGAACCUCUGAUCGCCCACGUCUACGUCUAUGCUAUCGCAGACUACUACGACGUGCCUGGGCUCAAGACUCUCGCCGAGAAGAAGUUCGUAGUCGAGAGGGACACGAGCGAGGCACUGGCCAUUGACAAGAUCCUGGCAAUCGCGGUCGCGAUGUACAAGAGCACGUCUGGACCAUGCACACUACGGAGACUGCUGAUGGAGCUGUGUCACAGCAACGUCAAAGUCACGAUCCAGAACAAGGUCUUCUUGGAAGAAAUUGCUCGGCGAGAUGACUUACAGGAAUUCAGGCGAGACUUUUUCGCGUGGCAGUUCGAACGCGUCUGCCAGGAGAAGAAGGACGAUGUCGCGACAUACCAGACUGCUGUGAAGUCGAUCACGGACGACCUCGAUACGGCAAAAGUGCAACAUUAUGCACGCAUCGCUCAGCUGAGACAGGAGCAGCGCGAACUCGAAGCUGCUCAUGCCAAGGAGAAGGACGAGCUGCAGACAGAGAUCACCGCUGGGAAGUUUUUCGUUGAGCAGGCACACAAGGCAAUCACAAAGCUCAGACAGGAGAAGGCUGACCUCGUAGCUGCACGUAGCAAGGAGAAAGAGCAGCUGCAGAAGGAAAAGGCCGACCUCGAAACUGCACAUAGCACGGAGAAGCAGCAGCUACAGGAGAAAGUCGCCACUGGGGGAAGGCUCGCCACGUUGGCCUAUAGUGCAUACAAGAGGGACAACGAGCUCCGCCUCAAACAAGAAAAGGCACACACAAAGACCGUCGCAGAACUCAACGAAGCCAAGAAUGCAUUCGCCAAGCUUGCGCUUACGAGACUGGAAGUGUGCCCACAUUGUUCAGCCCCGUUCGACAACUACGACAACGAGCUGAAAGUCAACUAUCGGCAAACCGAGUCUGUUCACGACAUCAAGAUCACGGCGAAGUGUCGGAUGUGCGGCAAGGCGAUAGAUGAGAGGCUUUAG